AUGGAAGUCGCGGGCCAGUGGCGGCGGGAGUGGGCUGGAACGGCCGAAUACGGAAAGGUCACUGAGGGUGGAGUGACAAAACGCGUGGCUCGCGCUAUGGAGGUGCUGAACGCAAGUGCACCGGGCGCCCGAGUACGCGUACUGCGAGCUGCCUACCACUCCACAGCUGGGCCAGGCAUACCUGCCUCUUCCUACAUGCUUCAGUCUUCCCGAAGGGUGAUAUCUUCAGGUUAUAACUUCGUUGAACCUAAUUCAUUACCGUCAAAACCUUUGGAAAUAUCCUCAAUUCCUUUCGACAUCGGAAUUGACACUGACACGAAUGCCGUGAAGCCGAAUUAUAAAGUAACCGAGCCCGAUGAUAUAGAAAUAUCGGAACCCUCAAAAUGGCGAAGCGCUAGCGGAAAAAGUUCAAUAAGGUUGCCAAGCGAAGAAUCUUCAUCAACAGCUGAUAAUACAAGCAUCAUUGACCUUGAUUCCAGAACCCAUCAAAGUAACUCUUUCAAAAACCACAUAUUUGAUAAUAGUCAUGAAAAUGUGAAGACAAUUAAUCCUAAAAAUAAUCGAGUAUCGCCGCUUUUAGAUUCGCCCGUGACAUUAAGUACUCUUAAAUACAAAUCACUUUUAAAUGGUAGUGACGAUUGGAAUAACAGGCGAAAGAGCUAUAGCUUUGAAGAUACCACACCUUUGAAUAAAAAUAUUAUAGAAAGAAUCGAUCGCUUUGCCAUAGAAUCUUCAACGGAUAGUGGUAUAUGUAAAUCAUCGGAAGUUGUCAAUGAUAUAGAGAAUACGCGGUACCAUAAGCCGACGAAGGAAAAAAAGUCGGGAAUACCAGACGAGACAUUUAAAGAUUGGCUUGUUAAAAAUAGAAUAAACCUUGGGAGUCACUCGAUGAAACCAUUAAGAGAGCACAGUAUGACACCAGAUCGACUUUCCGAAAACAAUAUAACCUUACAAUCUACAGGUAAAAUGUGUAUCACGCUUCCAGUAACAAUUGAAGUGGAGGAUGAUCAAAAGCAACCACAGAUGAGCGAUGAAAGCGACCGAAAAUCUAAAAAAGUUGGAUUUUGCAAAACUGAGUUACAUUUCGCGGCGGACACUGGAACUGUUAAUAUAAUAGCGACAGAUGAAAAACCUCCGCCUACGAACGACUUCCGUCGUCGAAGGAGUGCAUUUGUUCCAAUCAACGACAGAUUUGAAAAGUCUGUGACGCUAUUUGGUGAAAAAAUUGAUUUCAAUGAAAGUGGUAAUUCUGAAUAUUCCUGUAAUUAUAGUGCCACUGAAAUAAGCGAUUCCGAUGAGAAUACAGCAGCUACAAAAAGUAUUCUCAAAAACAAAAUUCCGAAACCCAAGCCAUAUCUCUUAGGAGAGAACAUGGUUAUUGGUAAUGACGAUGUUAUAAAUAAAAAGGGUAGUUUAGACAACGAUGUAAGCGUUACUGGAGUUUCUCUAAUUAAUUCACAACUUAAAGCAAACGGAAAAUAUAGUAAAGAAUGCAGUUCUGACUACUGUUCAAGUAAACUUGGCUCAAUGGAUUUUACUACUAAGUCUUAUAGGACAACUAAUGAAGGUACCUUUACAAAAAGCAGUUUUAAAAAGCACGACAAGACUUCACUGGAAACAAAUAAAAAACGGAGCGAAUAUGUAAUAAACUACGAUGAUAAAAAUGGAACAGUCUCAUCUGUUCGUAAACUGAAAUCUUUGAAACUCUCUUCUGAACCAAAGAAGAAUUACUCUAAAGCAAAUAAAGAAAAUGCUAAUGAACACAAUGGCAGAUUGAAACAGAUAAAUAAAAUAGCCCUCCAACAGAUUGCAGAUCAACAGAGAGAUCAAUAUGAAAAGGGCUACAUGGAUAAGACACGUAAUAGAAAAAAAUAUGUUCAUAAACCUUGCCAAUUGCUA